AUGCGCCUCCUUAACACGAAAACACUCACCCUGCACUAUUUUGCUGGCAAGGCUGUCCCUGACUAUGUCAUCUUAUCUCAUCGAUGGGAGGAAGAGGAAGUCCUAUUUCAGGACCUCCAGGAAGGCCGCGGUCCUAAAAUGUCCGGCUAUGCGAAGAUCGAAGGGUGCUGUGCCCAGGCACGAAAGAAUGGUUGGGUCUAUGCUUGGAUCGAUACCUGCUGCAUUGAUAAAAGCAGCAGUGCUGAGUUGUCGGAGGCGAUCUAUUCCAUGUAUCGAUGGUACUCUGAUGCCCAGGAGUGUUAUGCUUACCUGUCGGAUGUCGACGCCACGCAUGAUCAGAUUCCUGGCCAGCUGAGGAAAAGUGCCUGGUUCACACGAGGCUAG